UUUUCAGCUUUUGUAAAGUCAAGUUAGCUGCUAAAGUAGUGCGAAUUCAAGUAAAAUGUUUUUUAAAUAUAUUUUGCUGGUGUUUCUUGCUUUUGCAAUUAAAAAGUCUUCCUGUGAAUCGUUUUGCCAUAACACAAAAAAACUGGAAUCUGAGUGCGCAUCAUAUUGCUACGAGGCUUGCAAACCUUUGCUCCAAAUGGCACCCGAAUGCUAUCGGAAAGAUGCGGAGAUAACCAAACUAAAGGAUCAGGUGGCAGAGCUACGGAAGCAGUUAGCAGUCCAGGAGGCAAAGGAUUCCCUCUGUAUAAGCCAAAGAUCAGUUGUAUCGGAAAUUAAAGCGCUUUUCGACAAAUGCUCAAUGCCGGAUAAGAUAAAAGACACAACUCCGAAGCUCAAAGCUGAGACUGUUUUGAAAGAAACUAAAGUUACAGAAGUGACGCAAUUCAAAAGUGAAUUUAAUGAAUCGAUUAGUUAUCCCGACAACUGUGAACAAUCAACGGGCAUAAAAACUAUACAAGUAGCCGGAAUAUUAAGACCCUUUCAGGUAUUCUGUGAUAAUAUAACAAACGAUUUUCCUUGGAUUGUCAUGCAGCGUCGAGUUGGAAGAACUGUUGACUUUAAUAACUAUUGGUUAAAUUAUGUCAAUGGCUUUGGAGACAUCAAUGGUAGCUAUUUUAUAGGAUUGGAGAAAGUCUUCAGACUCACAUACACACAACCCUACGAAUUGUACAUUCACCUGGAAGCCUUCGAUGGUACGAUCGGCCAUGCAAGAUAUAAGCACUUCUUAAUAUCCCGUGAAGCUGGCCAGUAUCGACUAUCUCAGCUGGGAAAUUUUACUGGUGACGUAUAUGAUGCAAUGUCAGACUAUCUGAAUGCAAAAUUUUUCACAUUUAAUAAUGAUAGUCGCGAUAGAUGUGCUACCAAGAUGUCAAGUGCUUGGUGGUACAAAAGCUGCAAUAUUUCAAGCAAUCUGAACGGGCGAUACUCUGAUUUUGAAAUUAAUAACGCCUACGGCAUUUGGUGGAAGAACUUCAGUGGAGGUCAUACUUUAAAGUCGGUUAAAAUGUUGAUUAGGCCAGCGCAUUAAAUGGCCUCACAGUGGCUCGAAUCCGCAAAGCUCUAUGCAAAGAAUCACAACCUUCGAAUUAUCUAAAAUGUGAGAAUAAUACUAUUGUAGCGUAUCAUAAAACAUACAGAAUUUGA